AUGGUUAUCAACAGCGAGCCGAUCUCUUUCAAGUUGAAUUCCAGUGUUACUGAGACCCAGCCCAAGAGUCAGAAGUCUCUCCAAGCGGUGCCUUCUGGCCCUAAUAGGCUUUUCGCCAAACCUGGAGUGGCUUAUGGUGACUGGAGAGAUGACCUGGUCCGGGAUGGAUUUGUUGUUGUCAAAGGCGCUGUCCCUCGCGAAAGGGCCGAGAAAUACGGCAACGAUAUCCUCUCUUACCUUGAGAACUUUCAGGGCGGACUUGGCUUCAAGAGAGACGAUCCAACCACGAUCAAGAAUGACAACCUGCCAGUAAUCACCGAAAAGGGGAUGAUUAUUGGAUAUGGAAUUGCUCAUGAGUCCUUCACCUGGGCCAUCCGUCAAGAGCCGGGAGUCGUCGAGGCCUUUGAGCGUGCAUACGACACGAAGGACCUGAUCGUGUCCUUUGACGCCAUCAACACUGCCUUUCCUGGGCGCACCGACGUCAAACCCAACAAGCCUUGGCCUCACCAGGAUCAGGACCCAGAGAAGCCGGGUUUCCGCUGCCUCCAGGGCCUGGUCAACAUCUUCCCCAACGGCGACCGGGAUGGAGGCCUGAUUGUGUGCAAGGGCGCCCAUCUGCUGAGCGAGGAGUUCCACGAAGCAUUCAAAAACGAGCAAGACAAGAUCUGGGCUUGGACAAAUGAGUGGUACGGCUUCACCGACACUGGUCUCGAGUGGUUGAAGCAGAAGGGGUGCGAGUGGAUCAAGAUCAACGCGGAGCCUGGCGACCUUCUGCUCUGGGACAGCCGCACGCCCCAUUACAACGUCAGCCCAGAGGGCGAGGUGCCACGAUUCUGCACUUACACAUGCUACAUGCCCGUGGCCGAGGCGACGCAGGAGGACCUCGUCCGCAAGAAGGCGGCUUUCGACAACUUGCAGAGCACUACUCACUGGCCAAACGCCAUGCAUGUAGGCGGCAUCCCUAUCCUGCGCAAUGGGAAGCCUUGUCCUUAUAAUACUGGGAAGCCAAGGGAGGCGCCAGUUCUUUCCGAGCGUGGCUUUCAGUUGACGGGGAUUCCCUAUAUUCAGGCUUAG